UAGCCCAGCAGCAGCAGCAGCAGCAGCUCCUGCAGCAUCCAGCAGCAUCCUGCAUCCAUCCCAGCCUGGGGAGCAGCAGUCCUACCCGGCGCAGGCACCGACGCACGGAGGGGGCGCAUCAUCUGAGUGAUGCCACAGCAUCAGUCGCAUUUCGACAGCAAACACUGAGAGUUGAUCCUAAAGGAGGGAAAGAAAACGCUUCAGCCUCGAAGACAGCAACUGCCCAUGAAGAUGUCUAACGCUGACAUCGUCUUAAACGCCACCGAUCGGAUGGUGAAAUCUGUCCCCUUCCCCCUGAGCCACCGCCUUACGAUGAAGGAAGUGUUUGACUGUGAAGGGAAGCCUCGUGUGGACCUUCUUAAAGCCCAUCUGACCAAAGAGGGCCGUGUGGAAGAAGCUGUGGCGCUCCGUAUCGUCAACGAAGGAGCCGCCAUCCUACGUCAGGAGAAAACUAUCCUGGACAUCGAGGCACCAGUCACAGUUUGCGGGGACAUCCAUGGGCAAUUCUUUGAUCUUAUGAAGCUGUUUGAAGUGGGAGGAUCACCAGCCACAACACGAUACCUGUUUCUUGGGGACUAUGUUGACCGUGGCUACUUCAGUAUUGAGUGUGUUUUAUACCUUUGGUCGCUGAAAAUCCUGUAUCCAAAGACACUAUUUUUACUUCGUGGAAAUCAUGAAUGUAGACAUUUGACAGAAUAUUUUACCUUCAAACAAGAAUGUAAAAUCAAGUACUCAGAGCAGGUGUAUGACUCAUGUAUGGAUGCAUUUGACUGCCUUCCUCUGGCUGCACUCAUGAACCAGCAGUUUCUGUGUGUCCACGGGGGACUCUCACCUGAAAUUCACACUUUAGACGACAUUAAAAAGUUGGAUCGGUUUAAGGAGCCACCAGCUUUCGGACCCAUGUGUGACCUGCUGUGGUCUGACCCUCUGGAAGACUUCGGAAACGAAAAAACCCAGGAAUAUUUCAGUCACAACACAGUGCGAGGCUGCUCCUACUUCUACAGUUAUCCAGCUGUGUGUGAGUUCCUACAGAGCAAUAACCUAUUAUCAAUUAUCCGAGCACAUGAAGCACAAGAUGCUGGCUAUCGGAUGUACCGCAAGAGUCAGACCACUGGGUUCCCAUCCCUCAUUACCAUCUUUUCAGCACCAAACUACCUGGAUGUUUACAACAACAAAGCUGCUGUACUCAAAUAUGAAAAUAACGUCAUGAACAUUCGACAGUUCAACUGCUCACCCCAUCCCUACUGGCUGCCCAACUUCAUGGAUGUUUUCACCUGGUCUCUGCCAUUUGUUGGAGAAAAAGUCACAGAAAUGCUGGUGAAUGUGCUGAGCAUCUGCUCUGACGAUGAGCUCAUGAAUGAUGAAGAUGAGAUCUUUGAUGCCAAUGCAGCUGCACAACGCAAGGAGGUGAUCAAGAACAAGAUCCGUGCAAUUGGGAAAAUGGCCAAGAUGUUCUCAGUUCUCAGAGAGGAGAGUGAAAAUGUGUUGACGCUUAAGGGCCUGACGCCCACUGGCAUGCUGCCGAGUGGGGUUCUCUCAGGAGGCAGACAGACACUGCAGAGUGCCACCAUUGAGGCCAUUGAAGCCAUCGAGCCGCAUGAUGAGGACAGAGAAGCUAUCCGUGGGUUCUCCCCCCAACACAAGAUCAGCAGCUUUGAGGAGGCUAAGGGUCUGGACCGCAUCAACGAACGCAUGCCACCUCGAAAGGACGGAGUGAACCACGUGGGUCACUCCAUGGGAAAGAUGAAUAUGUCCGAGGCAAAUGGCACGGAUGACAACAGCAACAUCCAGUGAUGUGCUGUCGUAGCCUCAGAACCAUGCUGCUGUUGCGCUGUGCAGCAAGACAUUGCCAAAUCGGGAAUUCAGGCUUCCGAACAUAGAAAUAAAACAGGCCCACAGACAGAACAUGAAAUCUGCAGCAAAUCUAAAACGGGCGAUAAGGUCAUUUAUUUCAUGACAGUGUGUCAUUGCACAGUCGGGGAGGGGGGAGCAGGGGUUCACAGCAUUGGGCAGGGAUAAGGAGAAGACAACAGGCUGCAGCUUGGAGGAAAGUUGUUCCUGCCUAUUGUUCCUUUUCACAGUUCAAUUAAAGACUGAAUUGGAGGGAGUUGUGCAGUUCUGAGCGCUGACAAACGUCUGCUCCUUCAUCACCAGAUGAGCCAGAGAGAAGUUAUAAUUGCAGUAUCCAUCCCACACAAAUCAUUUUACUGUUUUAUAAAGUGUUUAUUAAGAAUCACUUACAAAUUCACUUCAUAAGGAAAAUAAUCUUGUUUACCGAUAUGUUUUGCUAGUAUUAACAAGUUAAAACGCUUUGUGAGAGUGCAAAAAGAAUGGAAGCAAAAAAAAGCUUACACGUACCUCUUAAACUUGCAGUGCAAUCUUACCACUGGACUUUAUUUAUUGAUUUACCUUGUAGUAAGAUGCCAUCAUUCUGUAAGGGGAAAGUGUUCAGGAUGCUCACAAGUGCUCACACUUCUUCAGAACUUUCCAGUCUUGCUCUUUUCUUCCCUUCCCUCAGUAUCAGUCAUCUCCUAGCUGGCAGUCACUUGGAGGGGAUGAGGAAAGUUAGGGGAAGGGAAGAAAAGAGCACCAAGGAAAUUUUCUUCUGCUUUCUGUAGAUAUAUCCAUCAUAUCAUCACAGAUUAUUUUUGAAUCAUCAAAUUUUCCCCUUAAAAACAGGCAUUACAAGACUGCAACUUCUCAUCAGCUUCCAUGUUAAGUGAAUUUGAGUGGAGCAUAUUUUGGUCAAAAACAUCCUCAAAGUUAUUUUAUUCCUGUAUUUAACUCUGUGUUUGAUUGAGCUAUACCUCACACAUGUCCAACAGACACUCUGGAAUGGUACUUAUUUUUUUCUGCACUGGGACGCCUGGCAAGCCAAAUGACACUGACACCAGUUUUUGGACGACAGAGGAAAAGAGAAGUGAUUUUGAACUUUGGGGCCAACCCUGCUGUCACACACUACCUGAUUAUUUCUCACUUGCUUGUUGCUAAAGAGAAAUAAAAACUAUGCGCAGUCACGCAAGUAUACAGAACAUUAGCAACCUUUGAGUUUUGCACAUUUUGCUAUGCUGCAAAAUCAAUGAAAUUUCAUGCUUAAGAUCUACACAAAGUACUUUAUCAGAGUAAGAAGGAAAUUCUAUAAAUUUGGGAAUGCAGAGAAGACGAAAUUUAAUCAAAACUGUUUGCAAUUGACUUAAUUAUGUGCUGCUGUGGGAAACAACCAUCAUAUCUUUUUCUUUUUAAUCUUACAGUGGAGUUCAGCAGUGAAAUAGGCCAAAUAUUGAAUAAAAAAAUUUUAAUGAAAAAUUCAUUUUUAUCUGAAAAUGUUUUGUUGUACUGAAAGAGUCUUUUUUAGCUGAAGGGGAAAAAAAAAGAGGAACGAUGACAAUAGAAAAUAUUUUGUCCUGUUUAAAAGAUGGAAUUUUAACAAUUUGGCACUUCGUAAACCCCUAAUGCUCAUAAAAGCAUAUUACCAUGUAAAUUUCUAGAAUUUCCUUUCAUAUAUUAUUUUUUCUACUUCAUAUUUCAUCUUUCUAUUUAAUCAUAAUGGUACGUGAAUCAAGGAUGGAUAAAAACAGUGAUUUUUAACACAGCAUCUAUGGUAUGGAACGCAUCAAUGCAUGCAAUUAAGUUCCUAAUUGUUAUGUGAGAUUAUAAUUGUGAUAGUUGUGUUUCAAAUAGUAAACUUGAAUUAUUUUCUUUUUGAAAUAUAUUUGUAGUUUUAUUUGUCUUGUUUUAUAAAUUUUUAUAAAUAGGCUU